AUGAAUAUAACAAAAUAUGUUUUGAUUAUUCUUUCUUUUAUUCUCCUAAAGUACAUCUCAAGGAAGGCACUUAUCAGCUAUGAAAAUGUUUUAUUAAAUAAUAUUUUAAAGGGGCCCGUGUUAGGGAGAAUUAUUAAAGAGGACAAUGAAAGGAAUGCAAAAAGUGAAAAAGAUAAAGAAGAAGAGAGAGAAUAUGAAGAAUAUUUACGAAAUAAGGGAUCAAACGAAUUUGAAAAAGUCAAAUACAAAUAUAUGGACUAUGUGAAUUUUACUAUUCAUAAGAGCACAAAAACGUGUAAACAUUUGUUAAAUGAGUUCCUAGUUUUCUUAGGUUCUCAGUAUAGUACAGAAGAAAAAUUAGUGUUUCAUGUAAAAUUAAUUGAUAUUUUAUCCCUAUUAUUUGUUCAUUACAAGGAUAAUUUAAGCAGUUUUGACCAUGCUAUAAAUAGCUUUCAAGAUAGAAACAAAUUAAUGAAUUCUAUCGAAAAUGAAUAUUUUAGAGAAUUUAUUGAUGAAAGAGACAAUUAUAUUUUUGAGGUAAAAAAUUUGUACUACAACAUUAAUAAUAAGGAUGAAGAAAAAGAAAAAGUAUUAAAUAAAAAAAAACAAAUAUAUGAAAUAUUUUUACAAAAUUGGAAAAAUGAUGGAUAUCGAUUCUACAGCGUGAAUAACAAAAAAAAAGCAUAUAUACCAAAAAAAAUAGAUCAUAAGAAAAAAAAAAAAAAUGAAAAUCAUAUUAUUUUGCAAUGUCGAAAUUUGGUAUCUAGUCCACAAGGUUUAGUGGAUAGUACCACCACCCCUGACGGAGGAAAAGUCCUUAAGGAAGAAGUGAAUUCAAAUGAAAAACAAAAUGAUGACUAUAAUUCCAAAAUGUUGUCUCACGUAGAAGAAGAUGUGCAGGAAGAAACGCGCCAAGAGGUGGAAGAAAGAACAGAACAUGUAAAUAAACUACAUACAAUAACAGAACAGAAACAGUCAUUAGAGAAAAAUGUUAAUGAUGAAAUGAGUCCAAAUGAGAAAAAAAAACAUGGAAAUAGUGCUCAAUCGAGGUCCCAUGUGCAAGACGAUGUAGAGGAAGAAACUCUCGAAGAGGUAGGAGAAAGAACAGAAGAUGUAAAUGAAUUCAGUACAAUAACAGAACAGAAAGAGUCACAAGAAGAUAAUUCUAAUGAUGAAUCGAUAAAAUCAAUGGAAUUUUAUAAUCAGGAAUCUUUUGAGGAUGGAUCAUCAAAUUAUGAAUCCUUAUUGGAAAGUUACAAUAAUCAAAUAUGCCAUUCUCCUCAAAACCAACAAGGAAGGUUUUUUCAAAAUAAAACUUACAGAAAUGGAAUACCUGGUGUUACGUACAAAAUGAGAAAAGAUUUCUUUUUAAGUGGAAAUUCAUUUAAUGUAAUAUCUUUGAUUAAUGCCAUAACAUCUAACCAUGACAAUGCAGUAGUUACUAAAUUACAUGAAGGAUUAAAAAGGCUAGGAAUAACAACAUUUGACCAUCUAGUUCGAUAUACCAACAUUAUAGGAAUAUUUUUCUCGUAUGACAUUUUUGAUGAAUUAUAUUUACAAAUUAAAUUAGUGAAGGAAUAUUUAGGACUUAUAAAAAAGAAAGAAAAUGAAUUUUCUAUAGUCGAAAAAAUAGAAAAGAAAAAGAAGAAAAAAAAAAUUUAUGGAGCGUACAAAAUGAAUGAUGAUGAAAUAUUUGUACCACCAAACUGUUUAAGUGCAUAUUGUAAAUUAAAAUCAGUAUGGAUGCGAAAUAGAAACACAACAGUGAAAAUUGAAAGAAGUAAUAGUAAUGGUAUGAAUUUUAUGAUGCUAGGAGAUAUUGGCCAAGGGUUUGAAGAGGAAAAAGAUUUUGAUGCACAGAAUAUGUUAAAUUUAAUGGGGUUUAAUGAAUUAAAAAGUACAGUUCAAACUAUGAAAGAAUGGCAUUUUAAGAAUAACGCAGAUUUUAUUAUAAAUUUAGGAGACAAUAUACCUAAUGAUGGUGCUAUGAAUUAUUUGGAAAAUUUCGAAUGGCAUAAUUUAAUGAAAGAAUUAUUUGUUUUCAAAAAAAGGAGCGAAGAGGAAAUUAACAAUGUUUUAGGACAUAAUCCAAUUACCAAACAAAGUAUAACUGAAUUCUAUAAUGAAAGGAUGAAAGAAUUAAAGGAUGAUUAUAAUAAUAGACAAGCAGAAGAGAAAAAAAAGAAAAAAAACAAAAAAAAGUUAACAAUGGAAAAUGAUAAAAAGGGAAAAGGAAAAAAGGAAAAUGAUACUGAGACAUUUAAUAACGAAACAGAUUUUAGUGAUUACGAUCAUGAUCGUAAAAAGUUAUACCAGUUUGAUGAGGAAAAGGAGUCUGAUGAAAAUUUUGAAGCCAUUCCAUUUUAUUCCAUUUUAGGAGAAAAAGACUAUUUUUUCUUUCCAAGUGAACAAAUACAAGAACAUUACUCAAAUAGAAUUCCAGGAUAUUUUAUGCCAAAUAAUUACUAUUGUGUAAACUAUGAUUUUAUAUAUAAAAAUGUAGGUUAUAAAGAAAUUAUUAACGAAGAAAAAUUUAGAGCGUCUUUUAUCUUUAUUGAUACCUGGUCCCUAAUGGUAGGAUUUCCUAUCAUAAGAAAUUAUCGAUCAUUUCGUGAACAAUUUAAUUGGUUAAGUAAAACAUUAUACGAAAGUGCACAGAAAAGUGAUUGGAUUUUUGUUAUUGGGCAUCAUCCACUAAUUUCAAGUGGCAGACGUGCUGAUAAUUAUUCCUAUGAGGAACAUUCCUUUCAUGAUAUUUUAAGAGAUUUCCUUUUCAAUUAUAAUGUAGAUGGUUAUUUUAGCUCUCAUGACCAUUUAAUGGAAUAUAUUAAAUUUGGAAAUAUAGAUUUAUUUAUUAAUGGUUCAUCUUCUAGAGUUCUUUUUGAUAACUCAAAUAUGGGUAGGGGAUAUUUUGGAAAGGUCAUCGGAAAUUUGUACCCUGUUACAUGCUACAUUUUAAAAACUAUACACAGAGGAUUAAAACCGAAAGGAUGCAAUGUGAAUAGAUAUUCGAAAUGGUCUAACAAAUCAGAUAUUGGAUUUAGUGUCCAUAAACUGACAAAAGAUGAGUUUAUAACUGAAUUUAUUAAUGGCAGAAACGGAAAACCACUUAGCCAUAAGAUUGUAUUAAAAAACAAAAAACAUGAAAGAAAAAAAUUUUACGAUUUAGAUGCUUAUGCGGAUGAUAGAAUUGGUGAAUUAGAAAAAAAAAUAAAAGAAUUUGCUUUAAAAAAUCCAGAUUUGAUAAAAUAUAAAGUUGAAGAAUUUAAUGAAAAUGUCACUAAACUGAAUUUAAUUAUGAAGACAUUAAAAAAAAAAGAAGAAAGGGAAAAUUUUAACGAAUUACUUUAUCUAAAUAACUUAAUUUUUGAUGUUUCUCAACACCUUUCUAAAAUGAGCUCAAAAAAAUUAAGAGGCAUGCAAGUACUCGCGGAAAAAUAUAAUAUUUUUUUUAAUAGAGAACUUAACAACCAUAUUACCAUGGCACUAGAAAAAGCUGUACAACUUGAAAAUAGUAAAUUAUGUGAUCAAAGUGAACAAAUAGAUGAAGAAGAAGCUGAAAGAAGAUUGAAAAUAAAAGAAGAAAAACUUAAUGAGGAAAAAAAGUCCUUAGAAUUAAUAGAAUCCUUGGGAUAUAAUCCGGAACAGUUUUUAGAAAAAUACGAUAAUAUGACCUUAGAAGAGAAGGAUCUUUUACAAGAGAAAGUUGGCAAAGAUGUAAAUCUCCCCGAGUACAUUAAUAGAAUUAGGAUCUCUGUGGCGAAGAAAAAUAUGAGUGAAAGUGAGUUGGAAGCCCUACAGGAAAAGGUAGACUCUGAGGAAAGAGGAUAUACUGAGGGGGGAAAAGAAGAGCAAGAAGAAAUUUGCGAAGUUAGUGAUCAGGAAAAUGGUGAGGAAGAUAGAGAUGAAGAAAUUGACGAAAUACCACUAGUAAAAGAUGUGAAUAAAACUUAUCAAAAUUUGGCAUUUAAGGAAAAGGAAUUAUCAGAACAGAACUAUAUUUUGCUAAUGCUAAGUUCCUUGAGAAUUUAUGAUGAAACGAAAUAUUCCAUUAAUAUGGAUACAAAAAAAGAAGUUAUAAAAUCCAUUGCCUCUUCCAAUUUUUUAUAUAAUAUAGAAAAGCAUAAAACAUUUUUUCAGUUAUGCAUUGAGUUGGCACCUGACAUUAAAAGAAUUAUUAGUAACUUUGGGGGAGUAGGGUGUAGAUUACCAUUUUUCAAUCUAAUGAAUAAACUGUACGAUGAAAUAAUGAAGUUAAAGGAUGGACUUGAUCGAAUUGCAAAAUGA